CGCCGCUCUUUUCUCAGCAAGGGGGCGAAUUGACGCAUAAACUGUCGAAUCCAACUCACAGAGUACAUACUCCUCUUUCUCCUUGGCUCUAAUUUCUCAAAUCCAGACGAUUUUUUGCGCCUCCGGGAACCUCAGAAGAACAGCCGCAUUUACGAUGACAGAAUCUAAUGUUCCUUCCUCCUCGUCUCAGAAGAAGAACAAGAAUAAGGGGACAAACCCUAAUGUGCAAGAAGCCUCUCGGAUUCGCAUAUCCCAAAUUCUUGAAACAUUUCGUUCGUCACAUGAUGAUGUGUAUACUUUUGAAUCCAACCUGACAAAUCAUGAAAGAGCUCUGGUUCAUGAAAUUUCUAGGAGAAUGGGUUUAAUAUCCAAAAGUUCAGGGCGUGGGCUUGGGCGCCAAGUUUCUAUUAAGAAGAAGACAGCUGUAAAUGAAAUCAAGAAGGCCAAGGGAAAUUUUACUUCUUUCACUUUCUCAGAAGAAUCAAAGGAUAUUUUAGGAGACCUGUUUACCGAUUAUCCUCCUGAUGAUUGUGGCUUGGUUAAGAAAGUGGCUAGAAACAGUGUAACGAGUAGUAAAAUAAUGAAGAGAACAAAUGAUAUGUUUUGUAGGCCUAAGAUGAAUACAGCUGAAAUUAAGAAGAAAGUGCAAUUAUUUGCUUCCAGAGUACAAGAAUCCUCCAAACUGAAAGAGGUUGUAGAAGGUAGAGCAAAACUUCCUAUUUCGUCUUACAGAGAUAUGAUUACAUCUACUGUACAAUCGAAUCAGGUGGUGCUUAUAUGUGGUGAGACUGGAUGUGGUAAAACCACACAGGUGCCACAGUUUAUCCUGGAUAGUAUGUGGUACAGGGGUGAGACAUGUAAAAUAGUGUGCAGCCAACCACGCCGUAUUUCGGUCACAUCAGUUUCUGAUAGGAUCUCUUUUGAACGAGGUGAAGAUAUUGGAGACACCGUUGGAUACAAGAUACGUCUAGAGAGCAAAGGUGGGAGGAAUUCAUCCAUCAUUCUUUGUACCAAUGGGAUCCUUUUGAGGAUUCUGGUUUCUGAAGGCGCUUGUAGAUCAAGGAGUCAUAGACCCACAAAAUUGUCUGGUGAUAAUGUUUCUGAGAUAACUCACAUAAUUGUGGAUGAAAUUCAUGAGAGGGAUCGCUACUCCGAUUUCAUGCUACCAAUUCUAAGAGACAUGCUUCCUUUUUAUCCUCACCUGCGUCUGGUGCUGAUGAGUGCUACAAUUGAUGCUGAUAGGUUUUCACAAUAUUUUGGUGGCUGUCCCAUUUUCAAAGUCCCUGGAUUCACUCAUCCUGUGAAAUCUUACUACUUGGAAGAUGUACUUGUGAUACUGAAUGCAUCAUCAAACAAUCAUCUUGACUAUGCUUCUUCUAAUGAUGUCAUUGAUAUGAAAACUGAAUACAGCGCUUCCUUUGAUGAGGCCAUUGAUAUAGCAUGGUCAACCAAUGAAUUUGAAACCCUUGUUGAGGCGAUUUCUUCUGAGUCAAAAUUCUUGAAUUACCAGCAUUCCACAACUGGAAUGACACCUUUGAUGGUUUUAGCUGGAAAGGGUAAAGUUGGUGCAGUAUGUUUGUUUCUCUCUGUUGGUGUGGACUGCUCUUUGCAAGACAGUGAUGGAUUAAAUGCACUAGAAUGGGCCAGACGAGAAAAUCAGGAAGAAACUGCUGAAAUAAUAAGAAAACACAUGGAAAAUAGAUCCACAAGUUUUGUGGAAGAGCAGAAGUUACUUGAGAAGUACGUAUCCACCAGCAAUCCCGACCUUAUCGAUUUUAUGCUUAUCGAGAAAUUAUUAAGGAAGAUCUGCAAUGAAGCUGAGGAUGGUGCCAUCCUCAUUUUUCUUCCUGGAUGGGAUGAUAUAAAUAAAACUAGAGAGAGACUACUAAAUAACACAAUUUUCAGAGAUUCUUCCAAAUUCCUGAUUUUAUCUCUUCAUUCCAUGGUCCCCCCAGUGGAGCAAAAGAAGGCUUUCAAGAGACCGCCUUCUGGAUGCCGCAAAAUUAUCCUUUCAACUAACAUUUCUGAGACUGCCGUUACUAUUGACGACAUUGUUUAUGUUAUAGAUAGUGGGCGGAUGAAAGAAAAGAGCUAUGAUCCUUACAAUAACGUUUCGACACUUCAAUCUUCUUGGAUAUCGAAAGCUAGCGCUAAACAAAGAGAGGGACGUGCUGGUCGUUGCCAACCAGGAAUCUGCUAUCACCUUUACUCUAAAAUUCGAGCUGCUUCCAUGCUCGACUUUCCAGUGCCUGAAAUCAAGCGGAUUCCCAUUGAAGAGCUCUGCUUACAGGUUAAGCUUCUGGACCCCAGUUGUAGAAUUGCAGCCUUCCUUGAAAAAACUUUGGAUCCUCCAGUGUCCGAAACAAUACAGAAUGCUAUUCUCGUUCUCCAAGAUAUUGGAGCUUUAUCAACCGACGAAAGUCUUACUCAGCUUGGAGAGAGGCUUGGUUCUCUACCAGUCCAUCCUUUAACCAGCAAAAUGCUCUUCUUCUCAAUAAUGGUCAAGUGCCUUGAUCCUGCUCUAACAUUAGCCUGUGCCUCUGAUUUCAGAGAUCCGUUUACUCUGCCAAUGUUACCAGACGAGAGAAAAAAAGCUACAGCCGCCAGGUCCGAACUGGCUUCAUUAUAUGGAGGGAGUAGUGACCAAUUGGCAGUUGUAGCCGCGUAUGAAUGCUGGAGAAACGCGAAGAAUAAGGGUCUUGAGGCUCAGUUUUGUUCCGAAUAUUUUGUAUCGUCAGCCACUAUGCACAUGCUGUCUGCUAUGCGGAAACAACUCCAAAUUGAAUUGGUUAGGUUUGGAUUCAUUCGAGGAGAUAUAUCUAGCUGUAAUGAGAACACUCAUGAUCCGGGUUUACUCCAUUCGGUCAUUGUUGCUGGUUUGUAUCCGAUGGUGGGAAGAAUUAUUCCGGCUAAGAAUGGAAAACGAUCGGUUGUUGAGACUGCUAGUGGCGAUAAGAUUCUGCUGCAUCCUCAAUCAACUAACAUGAAGUUCUCGAUUAAGAAAUCUAAUAAUGAUACUUUGAUUAUGUACGAUGAAAUUACUCGCGGAGAUGGUGGUAUGUUUAUUAGGAAUAGUAGUAUUAUCUCCCCACUUCCUUUGUUGUUGUUGGCGACUGAGAUGGUUGCUGCUCCAAUCGAUGAUGAUGAUGUGGACGAUGAUGCUGGCGGCAUCAGUGGUUCUGACGAUGAGGAUGAUGAAAUAGAGAUGAAGAAUAAGGCGGCUGAGCUACGUGGGGAGAGAAUCAUGUCUUCGCCUGAUAAUCCAGUUAAGAUUGUGAUUGAUCGAUGGCUUUCGUUUGAAUCUACUGCUCUUGACGUUGCUCAGCUUUAUUGUCUGAGAGAGAGAUUAUCUGCUGCAACCGUGUUUAUAGUAGAAAAUCCUCACAUUGGUCUUCCAGAAUUUCUCCGGUCGUCAAUAAAUGCAAUAUCAAGGGUUCUUUCCCUCGAUGGCCUCUCAGAUGUCUUGUUGGGACAAAACUCUGCUGACCAACAGUUGACUUCAACUGCAAGUGCACACAAAAACGACCCUAACAAACUUGAAAGUACAAAACAAGCUGUUAAGAGUUCAACCGAAUUUCUGAAAUCACUUCUUUACUCUGUGCCAAGGAAUCCUAAAUCUCGUAAUUCCGUGACUCCUGCACAGCGUCAAACAUUUCCCAAGAAAAAUAAGAUUAAACGAGGCCCUCAUCCUACGGCUCACAGUGGUUCGGGUCCACGAGGCCCUAAUCCUACGGCUCAGAGUGGGACCCCUAAUCCUACGGCUCAGAGUGGUUCGGGUGCCUAUGUAGUUACUAGAAGCAUUUCUGCUAAGAGACAACGUGAUGACUCUAGACCAAUGUGAAUUUGAUUUGUUGAGAAUUAAUUUUCCAUAGUAUUUGGUGCUUGGAACCUUCCAAUAUCAGAAACGUCAUAGAUUGUGCAUUCAUGGUACUUGUCAGAUAUGCAGGGGCGAAAGCUGUUCUUCUUCGCAAUGGAAUGAACUUUGGAGGAUAUGAGGUCUGAAUUAUUUUCUUUUUCUUGAACCAAAAUGAUAUUUAAUAUGAAUCAAACAGGCUUUGGAACACUAGCAGUUGUGUACUGUAUUUAGACCCUUUUGAAAAGGGAAAAAAUGGCUUUUCUUUUGUUGCCAAUUUGAAACCCUACUUGCAAUUUGUUUUGGUUUUGACUUUUGAGUAAGAGUUACUAAGGGUUCAUAGUUGGAGUCAAGAUUAGUUUUAAAUGCAAGAAAUUUGUCCACUUUUGAAAGAAAUAGUAACAAUUUGUGUUUUUAUUUUUGGAAA